AUGCCGAAGACGUCAUCGCAAGACCAUCCUCAACAAUGGGGACUCGAGGAUUACGCCCUUUUUGGCCUGUUCGAUUCGACGGACAAAGUCGAGGAAAAGCAUAAGGCUGUUGCUCGUUUCAUAGCCAUCCGGAAGUUUUUCGAACAAGAAGAGUAUCGUCUCGGCCGCUUGAGCACUAAUAUAUUCAAUAAGAAGCGAGACACGAAAGUCAAGCUGUUUACGCAGAACCUGGCACAAUUGCUGAGCCCAGAUGAUGAUCUUCUGCAUCCGCUCUUGACUAAGCCAGAAAACACGAUUGAGAAGAUAGUCCUUGCAUUAUCCGCGUUGACUGAACCCCACCGCGUUGAUCUACAGAUAUACGGCUUGGUGGACUUCUUCUUCGUAUGGUUCAAUCACCAUCCAACGUUCAAAAUUCCCGCCGAUGGUCUCAACAACUACAUUGAGCUUAUGGAUGCAGCCUGCGAAAUCGUUAGGACAGACAGGUCAAAAGCGUUACACGAUAAAAUGGGAUCCAUCGCGGCAUACAAGAACUAUAAAUUCAAGAAAGACCGUGAGGCUCAAGAAGAAAAGGAAAGGCCUCGAAAAAAGCCAAAGCACGAUCAUAACGAGACCUUAUUUGAAUACCGUGCUAUCGAAAAGCCCGCGUCUCUAUUCCUCGAGCCGCGCAGCAAGCCUUUGAUACUCAACGAGGAAAACUUGACACCAUCCAUCAAGCACGAUCUCGAGCAGGUACCUAAUGUCCACCCCAAAUCGAACGUUUUCUUGCUGGGCGAGCCGCUGCUUUCUCGGGUCCACGAGACGCUGGGUGGCAGGAGUCCGCUGGCUCAAGGGUUGAUGGCGUCUGACAUAUCGGCCGACGAUGUCACGUGGUACGAGUCACGGGUCAGGGCGGCUGGCAAUCCGCAGAUCGGUUAUGAACAAUGA